GAGGUGGCGCGGUGCGAGUCGGGAAGGCGGCGGGUGGGUGCGGCCCUCAGCGGCGGAGGGCGCCAUGGUGGGUGGCGAGGCGGCUGCCGCGGUGGAGAAGCUAGUUUCGGGGGUGCGGCAGGCGGCCGACUUCGCGGAGCAGUUCCGCUCUUACUCGGAGAGUGAGAAGCAAUGGAAGGCUCGCAUGGAAUUCAUUCUGCGCCACUUGCCCGACUAUCGCGACCCGCCCGAUGGCGGUGGCCGCCUGGACCAGCUGCUGUCCCUCUCCAUGGUGUGGGCCAACCACCUCUUCCUGGGUUGCAGUUACAACAAAGACCUUUUAGACAAAGUGAUGGAAAUGGCUGAUGGGAUUGAAGUGGAAGACCUGCCACAAUUUACUACCAGAAGUGAAUUAAUGAAAAAGAACACCCUUCACUGAAGAGCAUGCCAUGAAGAAAGGUAUAUUUCAGCAUCAGAGCUGAGGCAGAAGAUUCAUCACAUUUUCACCAUCAGCUACAGGCUUAGGAAGGAGGCUGGGAUGAAUGUGACAUGGACCACAGCAGCUCUCUUAAGAUUCCUGGUAUUUCCAACAUGUAGGAAAGAGGCAGUUGGAAUGACAGUCUUGUCUAGAUUGGAAUUUUAAAAGGUCCAUUCUUCCAGUAGCUAUCAUUGUAAAAGUGUGCAUGGAUAUUUAUGUAUUUAUAAAUCAGGCUCUUUUUUUCA